CUUCCUUCCUUCAAUUAAAUCAUCUCCCGACUCUCUGUAAUAAAAAAUGGCCACGCCAAGCGAAGCUUCAGCUAUUUUCUUCAUCAAGAAGCAUCUCCUCGAUGAAUUUUCUCCUCUGCCUAAUGUAACCGCCACCACUAAUCCAUGGAUCAACGAAUCAUUGCCUUCAGACCCCAUCUUCGAGUCAUUUUAUCAAACCGAUUUCGAAUUUUCCGAAUUCGAGACUAAACCGGAAAUAACCGAUCUCAUGAAAGCUGAGAUUCAAUUAUCAUCCAACGAUGAUUCCUUCACGUUCAAAUCGAAUCUUCAUCCCGCCAUCUCGCAACCGAAUCGAAAACCGCCGUUGAAGAUCGCAACAAACAGAACGGAAUGGAUCCAAUUCGCAACCGGAGAUUCUCGACGUGAACAGCUUCCCUUGCCACCAACGGUGGCAGCGGAAGAGAAGAGGCACUACAGAGGAGUGAGGAUGCGUCCCUGGGGGAAAUUCGCGGCGGAGAUCAGAGAUCCGACUCGUCGGGGAACUAGAGUUUGGCUGGGAACGUUUGACACGGCCAUCGAAGCGGCUAGGGCUUAUGAUCAAGCGGCGUUUAGACUCCGAGGAGCUAAGGCUAUUGUGAAUUUCCCGCUCGAGGUUGGGAUGUGGAAACCACGCGCUGGUGAUGAUGGGCGGAACAAACGGAAACGAGACGGAGAUGAGGAGGAAGUUAGGGUUGUUACGAAAGUUGUGAAGACGGAGGAGAGACACGGCGUUGAGGAAGUGACGUCGAGUUUGACGGGGAUUGAUGACUGGGACUUGACGGAGUUACUGAGUAUGCCGCUUUUAUCGCCGUUAUCUCCACAUCCACCGUUCGGUUAUCCACAGUUGACUGUUGUCUAAUUGUCUGACGUGGAAUUACGGCGUACACGUGUUUUUACGAUCUCUUGAUUCUUUUGGUUGCACACAUUCGAGGAAAUUUAUUCAUUUAUUUGUUUUGACCAAAAAAAAAGUUUAUUCAUUUAUUUCUUUUUUUGUAAUAAGACGACUUUCAAGUUUCAACAUUCUAGCAAGAAUCAUUAUCAAAAGAACACGAGCCUCCGUUUAUGUUGACUUUAACUACGUUUUACUAUUAUUUCCCAACGUGGCUGAAUUAAUUUUGAACGAUGUAAGACUCUUUCUGCAUGUAAGGAAGGGAUUAAUGUUGAACUUUGGACUCUAAAUGG